AUGUCGUUCACCCCCAUAGUCCAAUCUCUCGAGAAGUCCAAAAUUCGCCCUCGCUCAUGUAUCUGGUGGUGUCCCACUACUGAAUUCACGCUGCUUGCCAUCCAUGCGGCAGGACCCUACGAGGAGAACAAAGAUAAUUUGUCUGACGUUUACAUCUCCUCUUACACCCCCACUUUGGCGACUCAUUCGUGCGAGAAAGCAGGCUUCUCAAGAUCCGUCCUUGCAACAUUUUGUUGCCAUUGGUCAAGCGAACCCAGAGGGAAGGGACUCCGAUGUGUCACUCCUGAGCUAUCCAUCGUAGCUAAACGUCUUGAGCCCACCGUGUCGUCCUUAACAUCGCUUGAGGACAGCGAGGCAACAGUGCAGGGUGCACUCGAUGCACUCAAUCAUAAGCAGCGGCUUCACCUAGCCUGCCAUGGAAUACCGAAUCGACAGCAACCAUUCGAGUCCUCGUUUGCCAUGCGCGAUGGGCCUUUAAUGAUCAAGGACAUCAUCCGAUCCAACUGGCAGAACUUGGAGUUUGCAUUCUUAUCGGCCUGCCACACUACUGUGGGCGAUGAGAAGAGUCACGAUGAGUCGAUCCAUCUUGCUGCAGCUAUGCAAUCCUGCGGGUUUCGCGGUGUGAUUGGUUCCAUGUGGUCUGUUGAUGACGAGGUUGCACGCCAGGUUGUGUCUGCUUUCUACCGUAAACUCAUUCGAGUUGAUGAUUCAAGGAGAUUGGACUGCACACAUGCUGCGGUAGCGCUGCAUAAGGCUGUGAAGUCGUUGCGCAACAAGAUUCUACUAGGACAGCAGAUUGUAUUUGUCCACAUGGGUGUGUAG